AGGUAUUAAGGACCUAGAAAGUGUGUUGGAUGGAUCGGAGAAGCGACCACGAAGGAGGAACUGCUGCAACCCGAACCGGAAGGUCGCAACCAAGUAGCGAGGAGUUGCUCACAGCUCAAGAAGCAUGGGAUCGGAAGGAUCGCCAGGCUUUUCAGUACCUGUGUUGGGCUUUGGAGGGGCAACUUGAGCUUCUUAAGAUGCUGAUUGACCUGAAGGGGAAGGAAGGUGCAGCGGCUGCAGCUUGGAAAAGAGUACAAGAUAGGCACUUGCAGAAAGGGCUUCUAAGCGUGCUUACUUGGCGGAAGCGGUUUUACACCAUGGAGCGGAACUAUGGGGAGGGGGAGACCAUGGUUCAGUAUCUCCAGAGGGUGGAUGAGAAUGUGCGGGCUUUGGAGGAGCUGGAUUACACGGUAGAUGAGAAGGAGAUCAUCUAUACUGCGCUCCAAGGGUUGGAUCAAGCGGCUAAUGAGGCAUUACUACAGUACCUUCACCUCGAGCAACAGAAAUGGACCAAGGUGUGGAUUUGGGAGGUUCUAAUUUCUGAUGAGGCUCGCAAGGUUGAUGCUGGAAGAGGUCUAGAAGGAGGCAUGGGUGCAGUAGAUAAAGCUUCCUCCAGGAAAGGCUAUCAACAGCAAGGAGGUGGGGGGAAGAAGAAAGAGUUGGACAAAUGCCUUCAACUGCUGGAGUGUGUGAAGAAGGGGGAGCUGAAGGGGGUGGAGGUCAAGAAAGGAGCUGGGCAGCAGAGCAAAUGUCCCGACUGCACGUCUGGAAAGCUGCCUAGAACCUCAUUCCCUAUCUCCUCUGAUCAUGCCUCGACUCCCCUUGAGCUGGUGCACACGGAUGUGUGUGGACCGAUGCAAACUCCUGACCGGGAAAGGGGCAGCAGGUACUUUGUCACCUUUCUUGAUGACUUCAGUCGACUUAGCUGGGUCACCUUGGUGAAGACCAAGGAUGAGGUGGGAAAGGUGUUUAAGCGGUGGAUACGCUAUGUGGAGAGGGAAUCAGGGGCCAAGGUAAAGGUGUUAAGGUCAGAUCGGGGUGGAGAGUACCUUGGGAAAGAACUUCAAACCUUCUUGGAAGAAAAGGGUAUUACCCACCAGCUCUCUGUACCUUACACGCCGCAGCAAAAUGAGGCAGCGAAGCGGCUUAACAGGACCUUGACCGAUUUGGCUCGGGCCAUCCUUUCCCAUGCCGAGCUUGAUAACACUUGGUGGGGGGCAGCAGUGCAGUAUGCCAACUGGGUGAAGAACAGGAUGGGCAGCAAGGGGCUUGGAGGCAAGAGCCCAUACUCCUUAUGGACAGGGAAGGUGCCGAAUGUUUCCAUGGCACGAGUGUGGGGGUGCAUGGCACAGUAUAAGGUACCUGACCAGCAAAGAAGGAAGCUAGAUCCUAAGGCACAGUGGGGGAUCUUCCUUGGGGUUUCUGAGAGGAGCAAGGCUUGGGUGCUGUGGAGUGUAGCUGACCAGCGUGUGAUGGAGAGCCGUGAUGUGAUUUUCCAUGAGGGGCUGAAUUUUAAGGGGUGGAAGGAGCAUGGUACAAGCCAAAGUGGGACUUCCAUUCAAGACCCUCAUACGGCUUCUAUCUUUGAGGGGGCAUGGGAGGACCCUGGAGAUGAAGGGGAGGAGCAGCAGGAGGAGCCAGAACCAGCUGAUCCUAACCAUGAGGAGUCCCGAGAGACAGAUUCUACCCCUCAGCCAGCCACGCAGGCCGAUGCGCGUGAUGAUCAGCCGGAGCAGCAUGUGCCUUCAACUCCAUCGAGAAGCAGUUGGCAGCAGUUGUUGGACCAGCAGCUGUCCAAGACUCCGAGGACUCCAAUGAAGAGGGUGACUUGGGAGGAGAAGCUGCGGAGGCUGGAAGAAGGAGAGGCAACACCUCUGCGACGCAGUGCUCGAAUUUCCCAGCCACCUGAAAGGUUUACCCCGGGGCACAUUGCACGCAUGCAUGAUCAUCUUGUGUCUGAUUUGGAUGAUUGCAUGCUUGUGGACAUGCAUGGGCAUGAGUAUGCUCUUGAUGUGUGUCUAAUGGGUCAGGUGCAUGAGCCUAGGUCAGUCCACGAGGCGCUGAACCGUCCAGAAUGGGUUGAGUCCAUGCAUGAGGAGCUUGAGUCUCACAAGGUAAAUGGAUCAUUUGAGCUGGUUGAUCCAGCAGUGGUACCACCUGGUUUGGAGGUCCUCAGGUGUCAAUGGGUUUGGAAAUACAAGCAUAACCCUGAUGGUACUGUUGAGAGGCCUAAGUCCAGAUUGGUGGUGAUGGGAAACACGCAGAAAUUGGGAGUACACUAUGAAGAAGUGUACUCUCCAGUUGGGAAGCAUGCGACCUUGAGAGAUAUGCUUGGAAUUUCAGCUGCUUUGGGGCUUGAUAUCCAUCAUAUGGAUGUCAAGACAGCCUUCCUCCAUGGGGAUUUGGAGGAAGAGCUUUACAUGCGGCAGCCCCCUGGUUUUGAUGAUGGGUCUCACCGAGUGUGUCGCCUCAAAAAGUCCAUUUAUGGGCUAAAGCAAGCCCCACGACAGUGGUACCUAAAAUUUGAUGAGGCUCUCAUGGAUUUUGGGUUUGAGAGAUCUGAGUGUGACCCUGCCUUGUACCACUUUGUGAAAGAUGAGGAGCGGAUCUCCUUAUUCCUCUAUGUGGAUGACCUUUUGCUCCUAUGCUCUAGCAAGGCUUUGCUAGAUCGAGUGAAAGAGUUCUUGUCCUUGCGUUUUCGCAUGAAGGACUUGGGGGAGGUGAAGUACUACUUGGGAAUGCAAAUUGAACGUGAUGAGAGUGGUAUCUUGAUUCAUCAAGAGAGGUACAUUCUUAACAUGCUUCAGUCCUUUGGUCUCUCAGAGGCCAACCCCGUGCGUACUCCUCUCCCAACAGGCUUUGAUGUGCAUGCCUAUGAGGAUGAACCCUUGCUGCGAGAUGAGCUGGUCAAGCUCUACCAAAGCAUUGUGGGAUCCCUCAUGUAUGCUUGUACUACCACACAGCCACAGAUUGCCUUUGCAGUCUCACAGCUAUCUAAGGUCGCCUCUUGUCCUAAAAUGUUUCACUUGCAGGCCGCUAAGAGAGUGCUGAGGUACCUGAAAGGUGGUGUCAAGUCAGGUAUCUUCUUCCAAACACAGCCCCAGUCUCAGGUCCAGCUAGUUGGCUUCAGUGAUGCUGACUAUGCUGGAGAUUCCGCAAGUCGCAGGAGCCACAGUGGGUAUGUGUUCUGUCUGAAUGGGGCAGCUCUCUCUUGGCAGAGCAAGAGGCAGCCCGUGGUAGCACUCUCUACCACUGAGAGUGAGUAUAUAAGUCUGUGUCAGUGCAUUCAGGAGGGUGUCUGGCUGAGGCGUUUGUUUGGGGAGUUUGGCCAUGAUCAUGCUGGUGGUGUGCCUGUGUUUGUGGAUAAUCAGUCUGCCAUUGCCCUUGCACAGAAUGCAUGCUUGCAUGGCCGCACCAAACACAUGCAGGUCCGGUGGCAUUUCAUUCGGGAGAUGGUAGCUGCGGGUGAGGUGAUUUUGCAGUGGUGCCCUACCAACCGUCAGGCUGCUGAUAUUCUUACCAAGUCUCUUCCAUUUGAGCGUCAUGGUGUGUGCAUGACCUUGCUCGGGAUGCAGCCCCAUGAUGACAGGGUUCCCGCAGCAGAUGCCGGCGUCUUGGUGCUCCUCUCCUUGGCGGACUCCAUGCUCUGGGUGGCCCCAACCCAUGGGCAAGGGGGAGUGGUGUGAAGGCAUUUGCCCUAUGGUGUUGAGCCACACCCAGCACGAGCAAGGGGGAGUGAUAAAUGUGUAGUGUUCUGUGGUGUGAUUUGCUCUAGCUGGCUGUGGGCUAUUGGGAUUUGGGCAAAAGAAUUGAGUUGGUUGGCUAGGUUUGAUCUCGUUACCUUUCCAACCCAUACUACCCCAUACCCACUACAACAUCUUUGAUGUUGCAGCUGUGGCACUUGGGAGUGUUAGGGUUUGGUUCAGGGCGAGGGUUGGUGUUGUUUGACAAUCAAAUACUCCAACUUUUCCAGAUCGAACUGCUUCCCUUCUCGUUUUUACUAGGUGAUUCAUGGCUGCCUAGCCAAAUUACCAGAAGACCCCCUCACACUGAUUUCGUCAUAAUCGGCGGCUCAGAUCUUGGUUAUGAACGUGCUUUACCAUU